CAGGAGGCGGCGGCGAGGGAGCGGUCGGCGCUGGGGCAGCGACCGUCCGUGCCCGCCGCGCCUUCUCCCGCCGAGAAAGGACGUUUUUCUGACGGCUUCCCAGCUCUGGGGUGUGCAGGAGGCUCCGAAGGGUGGCAGCAUCAUUUAUUUCUCUCGUGAAACAGAAGAAUGCACUCAGUCACACUUCUCAGCAGCUCUGCAGCCUGUGGAGCGUGUGGGCAGUCUGUGUAUGCAUCAUCCUGGAAAAUGUGCGUUCUCUUGAAGUGAUCUGCUGAAAAGCACGUACUUGUACAGUUGUUCCAGCCUCCCUUGUUGUGUUGCUCUCAAGAGCAGAAAUGCCUGGUCUCUAAUACUCCCUGGGGUCUUCAUUUCAUCUGCCAAAGAAACACUACCUGCUGCAGUUACCCAGUGAGCCCCGAAGAGCAGGGACACUGAAGAUGGCUCUGUGUGCUUUUUAUGCUGUUUGGGGUUUGUUGCUAGAAGUGGCAAUAGCAUUUGGCCCAGUGCCAAGGAUCACUUGGGAACACAAAGAGGUCCAGCUAAUACAUUUUAAUGACUCAAAAGUGUCAAACUAUUCAACCUUGCUGUUAAGUGAAGACAAAAACGUUCUGUAUGUAGGAGCCCGGGAAGUGAUCUUUGCCUUAAAUGCGGUGAAUAUUGCUGAGAAGCAGCAUGAGUUGCACUGGAAGGUCACAGAAGAUAAAAGGACUAAAUGUGCAGUUAAGGGCAAAUCAGAACAGACAGAAUGUCGUAAUUACGUGCGUGUCUUGCAACAGCUGAAUGAUACUUUCCUCUACGUGUGUGGAACUAAUGCAUUUCAACCAACGUGUGAUUACCUGAAUUUAAUUUCAUUUGAACUUGGAGGUAAGAAUGAAGACGGUAAGGGCAGAUGUCCAUUUGAUCCUGCUCAAAGCUACACAUCUGUUAUGGUUGAUGAGGAGCUUUAUUCUGGGACUUCGUACAAUUUCUUGGGAAGUGAACCUAUUAUUUCACGCCACUCUCAUCAGAGCCCUCUGAGAACAGAGUAUGCAAUACCUUGGCUUAAUGAGCCCAACUUUGUUUUUGCUGAUGUGAUAAGAGCAGAUCCAAACAGCACAGAUGGAGAAGAUGACAAGAUAUACUUCUUUUUCACUGAGGUGUCUGUGGAGUAUGAAUUUGUUGGAAAAUUGAUGAUUCCAAGAAUAGCUAGAGUAUGCAAGAGGGACCAAGGAGGAUUAAGGACCUUGCAAAAGAAAUGGACUUCGUUUCUCAAGGCCAGACUGAUUUGUACCAUCCCUGAUAAGAAUUUAAUUUUCAAUGUUAUCAAUGAUGUUUUUAUUCUCAAAUCUCCGACUUUGAAGGAACCAGUGAUAUAUGGAGUCUUCACCCCACAACUGAAUAAUGUGGGGUUGUCAGCAGUGUGUGCAUACAAUCUGUCUACUGUAGAAGAGGUUUUCUCAAAAGGAAAAUACAUGCAGAGUGCUACAGUGGAACAGUCCCAUACAAAGUGGGUGCGAUACAAUGGGGAAAUUCCGAAUCCUCGACCUGGUGCGUGUAUAAACAACGAAGCCAGAGCAUCAAACUACAUGAGUUCUCUGAAUUUACCAGACAAAACAUUGCAGUUUGUUAAAGAUCAUCCUCUAAUGGAUGACUCAGUGACCCCAAUGGGAGACAGACCUCGCCUAGUAAAGCGAGAUGUGAAGUAUACACAGAUUGUAGUUGACAGAGUCAGAGCACUCAAUGGCACCAUCUAUGAUGUGAUGUUCAUCGGUACAGAUCGAGGAGCCCUGCACAAAGCUAUCAGCUAUGAAAAUGGAAUGCAUAUUAUUGAAGAAACGCAGCUUUUUCCAAAUUUUGAACCAGUCCAAACUCUCUUGCUUUCGUCCAAAACAGGCAGAAGAUACCUCUUUGCUGGUUCAAAUUCUGGUGUGGUGCAGUCUCCAUUGGCAUUUUGUGACAAGUACACCACUUGUGUUGACUGUGUUUUAGCAAGGGAUCCUUACUGUGCUUGGAAACCACUUGAAGCUUCCUGCAUUGAUAUUUUUAAAGAAGGUGAAAUGGAAAGGAACUGGAUUCAACACAUAGGUGGAGAUGCAUCUUCUUGUUCUGCCUCAUCUCCUAUACCUUUCCCUCCUACUGGUACCUCCUUUUUGUCCUGUGUGGGAAGUGAUUCACCUCCUUCACCCACCAGUACCCAGCCUGAUGUUUGGUCUAGCAAAGACCCCGUAAAGGUCAUGUUGUUGCCACCUUUCCUAAGUGACCAGGCACAGCAUGUUAGUGUCCGGGGACCCUUCCACCUCUUCUGCCAAGCCACAGGUCCAGAUAACUCCCACUUUGUCUGGAGGAAGAAUGGACAAAUGAUGAAGGCAUGCAUCACGGAGCAAUCUCACAUGCUGCUUGAUGGCAGAGUGCAUGUUCUCAGCUGGGUGAAAGAUUCAGUAUCAGAAAACACAGAAUACAGAUGUUCAUUCAUCUCAAAAGCUGGGAACACAACAUCAGAAGUGCUGGUCACAGUGGGAGAUAAAGAUAGUACUGGUCAGGAAGCAUGGACCAAAGAAUUUGAUACCUGGAGAAGUGCCAUCAGUGAACAUGACAUGAUGAUGCAAAAUUGGAGGAAAACAUGGGUAAGACUUUUACAGACUGCCUCUUGCUCUUCUGCAACUGCAUGUACUGAUAUAACAAAAUGAUCAGUGUUCCAGUACACAUCAUCAUUCCUGACCCACUCAGCAGUGAAGUCUGUGUAUGACAUUUAUUGCAGUUGUGUCAGCUUAUUCCUUCAGCCCACUAACCAAGUGCUCAUCAGUCAGUAGCUCUGUUCCUGCCCAACACAGUAACUCUGCGUAUAGUGAAUGGAGUCGAUAAAUUUCAUCACAUCUGUAGACUAACUGGAUUGCAGAGACUACUGGACUUUAUAAAUGGCACUGUCCAUAAAAGCUGACCUUUUUUAUUUUUAAAAGAAGUCCAUACCCAUCUCUUAAUAUUUUUUUCCAACAGCUAGGAGAUCACUUUUGAAAACCUUAGAUAUUAUGUGCUUGCUGUCUGUGGAACAGUUAGUAUAGGCAUCCUUAAGCCCCAUUUUUAGAGUGGUAUUAACACAUCAUUCUAAAAUUUUUCUUCAGGAGACCUGCAACAAGAGAAACAGCCUCUAAUGGACAAAGGAAUUAACAGGCUAGAAGGAGAAACAUAUGCAAGUUAAGAGUACCUGUUAUUCUUAUUAUUAUAGCAUUUGGAGAUGUCUUUUCAAGUGUUAGUGCUGACAUUAAAACCGAUAUUCAGGAGAAUCACCUCAAGCAUGAAGUAGAAGGGGAUAUUCUUACUGCACCAAAGCUAAGUUACAUGGUACAAGAGAAGCCACCCAUCCCAUCUCUGGUUUUCUUUUGUCAGCCAUUUUAGCUUAAUAAAGAACAAAAGUAGUCUCAGCAAGAUUUGUGCUGUUCAAAGAAUGUGAUACGAUGUUUUCUGUUUUGAGUUCAUUAAGCGAACCAGAUAAUUUUGGGCUGGAGGAUCUUGGCAUAAGAUUUAGAAAUUAGGACGUGGAUCACAUUUAUUUAAAGGCAUUUCAACUUGCACACUUAUUUUUCUUUUACUAUGUUUACCCUUAUGGUGCCAGGGUUUUGAAGAGCAUUCCUUUCUAGUGUCAGCAAGCUCAUUUGUUCAAAGAUAUUUCCUCUGGUAAUUGUGCUGGGUUUUAGUUAAUUUUCUUCACAGUGGUUGGUGUGAGACUUGAUGUUCUGGAUUUGUGCUGAACACAGGGUUGGUAAUGGAGAGAUGUUUUUGCUGUUGCUGACCAGGGCUCACACAGAGCCAAGGCCUUUUCUGCUUUCAGCACUGCCACAAUGGCAAAGAAGUUGGGGGUGCAUGGGAGGUUGGGAGGAGACACAGCCAGGACAGGUGACCCAAAGUGACCAAGGGGAUAUUCCAGACCAUGUGGCAUCAUGCUCAGUACAUAAAGGCAGGGAGGCACUUUGGAAUGAUGUAAUUUGUAUUCCCAAGUAACCAUUAUGUGUGAUGGGCCCUGCACUCCUGGAAUGGAUGAACACCUGCCGGCCCAUGGGAAGCACUAAAUGAAUUGUUUUGCUUUGCCUGUGUCAAUGGUUUUUGCUUUUUCUAUUCAACUGUCAUCAUGUCAACCCAUGGUUUUCUGGCUUUUACCCUUCUGCUUUUCUCCCACUGUGAGAGGCUGGGUGGUGCUGGCUGGGCUUAAACCAUAGUAAUAAAGUUUCUAUACCAAAUAAAGAAGUUCUGACUAAUGCUUAAAAUGCAGAUAGAUUACAAAGAAUGCAAGAAGACUCUUUAGUUUUUGCAAAUUCUUCUUCUAUGUUUGAGAUAAUGUAGCUUAAAAAUUCUAUGCUGAAUGAAUUCAAAGACCAUUCCUUAUGAUGAUCAAUUGUGAUGAUCAGACUGAAAAUGUGAGGACCUACACACUAUCCACAGUAGAAGUGUUCUACUGCAUUACUGCUCAGAGUUUUGUCCUUCUGCACGUAGGAAACAAAAGUCCGAUGUAUAUAUUAAAUUUUCUCUAUUAUCUGCUCAAUCAACAAUCUGGAAGCAAGUAAGGUGCUCCCUUAUAAUCAGUAAGCUCAGGCAGAGAGCUGCUUCGAGUGGUAUCAGAAAGCUUCAUACACAUCCCUAAGUUCUCUCCUAACUGGUAAGAUUUAAAUCAGUGUUUCUGACAUUAAAGAAAGCAGUCUCUUCAUGCUAAGACUUGAAUGAUCCUUUUUUUUUUCAGUAUCAGACCAUCUUGUCACACAUGCAGGGUGAAAACUCAUUUUUUCCCUACUUUUCUUAACCAUUUUCCCUGUUUUUCACAUAGGUAAUUAAUGCUGAUGAAGACUUCCAGUACCACCAGAGUUAAUUUUUUUCUCAUUUGUUCUCAUAAGUUUUUGUU